AUGCUCCCGCCCGACGUGACUCCACCAGGCGUGCACACCAACGAAGACGAGAGCGAGGUGACGUCUCCGCUGGGCCUUGCAGAGUGGGUGCUAUCCGGGUUUUUCAAUGACACUCUCAAAAUUGCCAGAGCAGAGCAGCGCUGCGCCAUUGGCAUCACAUUUCCUGGAGAGUGUCUCCAUGUUCCUGCCGGCUGGUGGCACACGGUGAUUAACCUGGAGGACACAGUUGCACUGACGGCGAAUUUUGUUCCCGAGUGCAAGCUGGAGGAGGUGGCACGGUUUUUCCGCAAGAAGCAGGACCAGAUCUCUGGCUUCCAUCCGGCGACGGUGCUGGAGUUUGUGAAGCGGUGCGUUGCCGCGGGCGAGAUGGACGCCGGGUUGCUCCAGAAAGUCGGCGAGGUCGAGUCGAACGACGAUAUCGGCGAGUUGGACGUGCAGCUGCCGAUCUACGAGAUAUUCGAGCGACUGCUGCAACUCAACGGAAAGCAGCUGAAACAGCACAGAAAUCUGUGGAAGUCGCUUACGCAGCAGAGCACAGGCUUCAAGUUCGCCAUGGACAUCGAAUAG